AUUUCAAGGACGCGUGACGGAAAUCAAAAAUCAAGAUCCAUUAGCAAUAGCUAUAUUAUAUAGAUAAACCGACGAUAGAUUAUCGACGGAUCAGAUAUGGAUUUUACGAUCGAAAAUUUCACGUACGAAACCAAGAAACUUCAUCAUUUUCCUCAUACGCUACCAAACGAACAAAAACUCCGAACCAUAGACGAAAUAAAUUUAAUCUACAUCAAAGCUGCCAGUGUCUGUCAUCUGUCAAGUCAAUUGUCAAUGUCAAAUGUCAAGAUUAAGCUCGAUCACCAGUCAAAGAAGAGAUUGAAUUCAAAAUAUAAAUUCAGUCGCAUGAAAAAAUACCCAAAAAUCCUCUUAAUUCCUACAAUCCUGUUGUGUUAAAUUAUGCUAUGGAUUCCUGAUAAAUUUAUUCGGCCAAAAGCAUAUUUAAAUAAUUUGAAUAGUGCAUAAUCGUUUCAAUUUACGGCAAAGAUGAUUUCCUCGUCUGAUUCAGAAGAGGACUGUUACAGUAACGCAGCUUUGAAACUGGAAAAACUUAAAAAUGCAUACAAAGACGAUAAAUUGGAUAAUUCAAGUUUCCUAAAUGAAUCUUCAGAUGUCGAAGUUGUUACUGAUAGAAAAGUUAGUAAACAAGCACCCAAAAUUUCAAUAAACUUAACUAACGAGGAAGAACAAGAUGAUUUGGAACUAGAAAAAAUUCUAAAGUAUUCCACAAGACGCCAAACUCGAUCUUCGACGAGAAGAAAACAAUCAGAUCCUGUUAUUAAUGAAAUACUAGAUACAAGUUUGAAUAAAACUGUUUCCACAAGGAAGCGUAAACAAACUACAAAAAACAAGACAGUUGUAACUCCAAAGAGCACUCCAAAUAGAGGUAGAAAGAGAGGUAGAGGCAGAGCUGGAAGAGAGAGACAUAGUCAAAUGUCUGAUUCUAUACCAAUAAUUAGUGUUGGUAACACACUAGAAUAUGAAGACCCAUUAGAAGGUCAGAGACUAUUUAGCAAAGCAAAUAACAGUGAUAAUGUUGUAUUACUAGAUGAUAGUGAUGUUUUAGAUGAAAAUGAAGAGUUAUCUGUGAAAGUAUAUUGGAGAAGUUCUGAUUAUUAUCCAUUUAAAAUACGUAGAUAUCAAAAACUCACACCAAUAUUCAGAUAUUUCGCACAGAAAGAAAAUGUCAGUGAAAAUAACUUACUAUUCAUGUACAAUGAUAAAAUAUUAAAAGCAGAUGAUACUCCCGAUUCAAUUAAUUAUAGCAUUGUGAAGUUUAUAGAUGGAGGUGUUAUAAAUCGAGAUGUAACUAAAUUAGUGAAUGGUAAAACAAUAGAUAAUGGUAAAGGUAUUCAGAUUAAAUUUCAGUGUCAAAAUACGAAGAAACCUUUAGAAAUAAUGGUACAACCAAAGGACAAGCUUUCCUUAGCCAUGAUCAAAUGUGCGGAACAUUUGGAGAUGCCUUUAAACAAACUUAAGUUUGUAUUCGAUGGCGACAGCAUUACUGGUACUAUGACCCCCGAGGAAUUAGAACUGGAAGGUGGUGAGUGCAUUGAUGUGAAGAUCAUUAGCUGAUGCUGUCUGAAUUUAGAUAUAUAGACCCAUCUAAUGAAAAGAGUUACAUCUUUUAACAUCCCAUAGAGAUGUAGAUGUAACUUUUUUGUUGAAAGUCUGAUGAAUAAGAAGCAAUAUUUUUUUGCCAAUAUAAUUACCUAAAUAUUAUUGAAUUCAGUAGUGUUAGGGUAGGGCGACAGCCCAGGGCUCCGGGCUCAAGAGGGCACCAGAGUCAGAUGUAAAUGGGUGCGUGUAGUGUCCCCGAAAAUUCCCUAUCUAUGGAAGAUUUUCCCCGAUAUCAGAAAAAUGGGGUGCCUCUCCCAGGGUACCAGAAAUGCUAAAACCUGCCCUGAUUGAAUUAAAUAUUCAAUGAUAAAUGUUUUAGAAGUAAAUAUAGUUUGUUAUUGGUGAGCCGAUUAACCUAUUGAUGUUUUUUGGAAUGUUUUUUUUAUUCUACGGAUUCUGGUCAACUGGGGAUUAUUAGCCAGUGUUUGACGAACACAUCCUUAAUUGUAUAUUAUUUUAAACUUUAUUUUAUUACUUUUUUUUGAAUAUCUGGUUUUUGUACUAAGAGAUAAUAAUGCCCGGUUCAUAUUAUUCCAGCUAAGUUACAAGUGGAACAAUUUAAACUCACACUGGUCUAAAUUAAUGUUUUAUUGACUGAAUUUAAACAAUUAUUUUAUAAUUAAAAAUGUUGCUGUGUCACGUAAAUAUUUCUGUAUGUGAUUGUUUGGGUCUAUGCUUAUUCUUUAAUUAAUUGAUUUUUUUUUU